AUUUAGUUUCCUACUUUCGAAAAAGAUGGGACAAGGCAGUUCACAACACCACCUUCACAGGGUCGGCAACUGGAUGCCAGCAGACCACAAAGCCCACAAAGAAUGGCUUGGAGGAAUAAUCAAGAAAGUUGAGGACGAUAAACAACCCCUCCACCCAGUCCUGGAGGAAUUCAAAGAACUUAUCGAAUCCAACACACGCAUAUACAUGCUCUUGACUUCAAUGUUCAAGGAAGUCCCACAGAGCAAGCGAUACGGCCGCGACCCAACAGGCAAUCCCGAAAUCCGCGACUAUUUCCAUUUCCUGCAUGUUAUCAAUCACCUCCUCACCACCGCGCCUAACUGGACCGACAAGGCACAACGCGUCGGGCUAGUCGGAAUGCCUAUCAAUGCCGUCCUCGACUGGCCAAUGGGUACACCCAGUGGGUAUGCAGCCUUCCUGGAUCCCGAGAUCAAUGCGAUGAUCAAGAAGAUCUUGAAUGUGUGGGGCGAGUUCCUGCGCUCUCCCACUUCUGUCAAUGUGCUGAAUGACACCUCUCAUGGAUGGUUCGGUAAAACUGGCCGUCGGGAUCUUACAGCUGUUGCGAAAAUUGGUGCGCUGGCUGGGACGGAUUUGAAAUUCCAUGAUAUGUUCGAAUGUGACCCGUCUGCACCAAAUCACGGAUUCCAGUCGUGGGAUGAUUUCUUCACCCGCAACUUCAGACCCGGCAUACGUCCCGUCGAAGACCCGGAGGACGGAAAGGUUAUUGCUAACGCGUGUGAGUCGAAACCGUAUCGGGUUGCGCACCAUGUUCAUGCGCGUGACAAGUUCUGGAUCAAGAGUCAGCCUUACUCUGUGCUCGACAUGCUGGGCCAUGAUGCCCUUGCGUCGCAGUUUGUUGGCGGCACUAUUUAUCAAGCUUUCCUUAGUGCGUUGAGUUAUCACCGUUGGCAUUCGCCUGUUAGUGGGACGGUUGUCAAGGCUUAUGUUGUUGACGGUACAUACUAUUCUGAACCGCUGUUUGAAGGUGUUGGGAACCCGGAGGUCAAGCAUAAGGAUAUUGAUAUGGAUGGUCAGGUCACUUCGCAGGGAUAUAUUACUUCAACUGCGACGCGUGCACUUAUUUUUAUUGAAGCGGAUGAGCCAGCCAUUGGUUUGAUGGCGUUUAUUGGAGUUGGGAUGGCAGAAGUUUCGACAUGUGAUAUUACUGUCAAGGAGGGUGAUAGACUGGAGAAGGGAGAUGAACUUGGUAUGUUCCAUUUUGGUGGUUCGACACAUUGUCUUCUUUUCCGGAAGGGUGUCCAUGUGUCUGGGUUCCCAGACCCUGGGAUGGAAGAGAACAAGCCUGUCCGAACUAAACUGGCAGCGGUCUCAUGAGCAAUGAAAUGGUGAUGCCCAAAUC